AUGUCGACUAGGCACUAUUUUCCCGACACGGCGGCAAACACGUUGGUGCCGUGCGCCCUUCGUGCGCUGACUAAAGCAAACCCUCAUCUGUUUCUAGAUGAAGCGCGGCGUGUCGUCUCGAAUGUUCACCAUGACCAGUCGCAAGUGAGCGUUGUCGGUGGCGGCGGCUCCGGCCACGAGCCAGCAUGGAGCGGCUACGUUGGCAGUGGACUGCUUUCGGCCGCGGCUUGUGGUGACAUUUUCGCUUCGCCGAGCGCGAGCCAGGUUCUCGCUGCAAUGGAAGCAGUCCCGUCAGAAAAAGGCACGAUACUGUUGAUUACCAAUUACACUGGUGACCGCCUGCAUUUUGGACUGGCUGCUGAGAAAGCCAGGGCCAAGGUUGUCGCGUCUGGCCAACACAGCAAUGCAAAAAUUGCUAUUGUCGCGGCAACGGACGAUGUAUCUAUUGGAAGGAGUAAAUGUGCUCGAGUUGGCAGAAGAGGCCUGCCAGGCCAUGUAUUCACUAUGAAGAUAGUGUGCUCUGCAGCCGCCGAAAAUUGGCCCUUUGAUGACUGCGUGUGUCUCGCCGAAGCUGUCAACGCCCAGACCGUAUCCAUUGGCUCAGCUCUAGAUCACUGUCAUGUUCCUGGACGACAACAUCAGUCGGUCGCAGAAGACACUUGCAUCAUUGGCGCAGGAAUCCACAACGAGCCUGGACGACGUAUGCUGACACCAUUUCCACCCGUUGCCGAGAUUAUCAAGGAAUGUCUUGGUCUUCUGUGUGAUCAAGAUGACCCCGAAAGAGGAUUCGUCCAGUUUGAUAGCAGUGAUGAGGUCGUCAUGCUGAUCAACAACUACGGAGGCCUGUCGAUCCUAGAACUCGGCGCGCUGACAGACAAAGUGCAGAACCAGCUUGCGGAGCGGUACAGCCUCAAGCCUUGCCGUACAAUGGUUGGCGCAUUCGAGACAUCGCUUAAUGCCCCAGGGUUUUCCAUCUCUCUGGCCAAUCUGUCCGCUGCUGCCAGACAGUGCGACAGCACAGCUUCAAAACUCCUGGAGUUGCUUGAUCGACCGACCGCGGCUGUCUCGUGGCCCAACAUUACCACUGUCGCGAUUGAUACCGCUUCAAUUGGCAAGGACAGUACAAAUGGGAUGUGUGACAAGCAUGGCCACCAAGCAAAAGGAAACGAGAUCGAGUCCAUCGACCACACAUACCUAUCGAACGGGGAUUUUCCUGUCGACGCGGCAUUGCUGGAGAGGGCCAUUCGGUCAGCAUGCGACGCAGCAAUUUCGGCGGAGCCGGAUCUUACAAGAUGGGAUAUGGUCAUGGGCGACGGGGACUGCGGCGAGGCCGUCAAAGACCUCUGCGAAUCAGUGCUCUGUCUUGUCGACAGUGGUGCCGCAUCUCAAGGGUCGCUGCUCGAUUUUCUCGGAAUUCUCAUGGAGACUGUCGACAAAAUGGGUGGCACACUCGGAGCCAUUUUCGGCAUUUUUCUGUCUGCAUUCUACUCAGCCCUCGCGCAACAUGUAUCUGGUUCGCUCGCACCGACUCGAGAGGACGCUCACAGCUUGUCCAAGGCGGUGGCGCUUGCUGUCGAGAGCCUGCAGAGCCACACGCCAGCUCGUGAAGGCGACCGAACCGUGAUGGAUGUCUUUAUUCCCUUUGCCAACACGUACGCGCAAGAGGGAGACUUUGCAAAUGCGGUCAAGGUUGCGGGCGACAAGGCCCUCGCGACGCGCUUCAUCAAGCCUAGUCUGGGAAGAGCGAGCUACGUAGGUGACGCGGCUACGAGAGAGCUUCCUGACCCCGGAGCGUGGGCUCUGUAUGAAAUGCUUUGGGGAAUUGCGCAUGGGCUCGGCAUGAAUGUGCCCCGAGUGAACAGUGGUGUCUACGACGAAACUAGACAUAAUGCGCACACUUAA